UGGACCAUAUUUUUAGAAGGAAAACCUUAAGGGAAAACUUCCCUUUCAAAUAUCCACCAGGCAGGUGAAAGAAAAUUGAGCUUUCAGAAGGACGGGGGAAGGAUGCGAGGUUUAGACCUUCCAGUUUUUGUAUUGUUAAUACAAAACUUUUUCACAUGCCGAGCCACUGCAAGUGAACCAGACAAAACCAUAGAUUUGGAUCCAUCCAUAAAUCCCGCGACUCUAAAAAUGUAUGACCAAGAAAUGGAAGCAACAUUUGGAGAGUUAAAUCUGGGAAUGGAUUACUUUGAGGGAGACAUAAAGUUAACCCAACAGCUUAGAGACUACUUAAAGUCCUCCAGGGGAGGAAACGCUCUCCAAGCCAGAGCACUUAUAAAAGACGAACGAAAACUGUGGGCUAAUGGUGUGGUUCCAUACGCGCUUGCUAGUGAUCUGAGCACAGAGAGUCGAGGCUACAUAAACUCAGCAAUAAAAGAGUGGAGUGACAAUACCUGCCUUACGUUAAGACCUAAAAACGACGCCGACCAAGAUUACAUAGAGUUUGUCUACGAGGUAGGUUGCUCCUCAUACGUGGGACGUAUUGGCGGCCAGCAGACAAUUUCAGUCGGAAACGCAGAUGGUUCCAUUACUUGUAAACAUGGAAACCUUGUCCACGAAAUUGCUCAUUCUCUGGGAUUUUUUCACGAGCAUAGCCGACCAGACCGUGAUGACUACGUUGAAAUUAAGUGGGGAAAUAUCGAAAGUGGUUAUCAAAGGAACUUCGAAAAGGAAACUACAGAGACUGUGGACUCUCGAGAAGUGGAAUACGACUAUGGCUCAGUUAUGCACUACGGCGAAUUCUUCUUUACGAAGGGCAAAGGAUUAAAAACUCUGGAACCAAUACAAAAUACGGACGCAACCAUUGGUCAGAGGGUCGGGCUCAGUGAUCUGGAUAUAAGACAAGGAAAUUUGCUGUAUAAAUGCCCAGGUUACGGAGAUGACAUAACAAAAGAAAAUGAAACGAACCAAGCCCCAACAGACGAGGAAUUGUGGGAUAAACCACUCCGCGAACGCGAAAUUAAAGUCCUUAGAAGUAAUGUGCACAAGAAACAUGCGGAGAAGAAAAGCAGUCAUCUCCACAAAAUUUUAAAAAAGAAGGCGAUUCAUAAAAAAUCAACCACGCUAAAGCAGCCUUCUCUCACUAAAACGGAAGAAAGAACAACCAAGCAUACCAAGCCUGAUUCCAGAUCAAUGGUGUUUAAAGAAAACCAGCUGAAACCUCAAUUACAGAAAGCGUACUAUCAAGAUGAUGCGGAUGUCUUAGAAGGAGAUGAUGGAGAAGACGAUGUGUCUUAUUCGCGAGAUGUUAGCUCGCCUGUGAGUGCCCCAGAAACACCCAACCAACUGGCCACCGAUAGAGCAACGCUGGCUCAAGAAGAGGAAGACGCAGUUCAGCAACAGGACAGUGACGAAAUAGGCGAGGAAAAUUUAGGAAAAGACUACUUUGAAGGCGACAUGAUACUGACACCUGACCAACAUGAUUUCCUAAGUAAUAUUAAGAAAGACGACAGCGUGCAGCAAGGCUCUAAACGGGCUCUCAUUAAGGACAAAAUGUAUCUCUGGCCGAACGCUAAAGUGUACUAUAAUUUCGAUAAGGGAGUAGAUAGGAUAGGAAGAAGAAGAGCUCGUGCAGCUAUGCGGCACUGGCAGAGACACACUUGCCUCAAGUUCAAGCGAGUCAAAGAACCAGCCGACGACUUGGGAUAUAUAAAUUUCGUAUUUGAGGGAGGCUGCGCUUCCCGAGUUGGUCGCGGUGGAGACAAGGUCCAGAAGCUGACAAUUGGAAGCAAAGCUCUGCGGUGUAAAAUAGGAAACAUAAUUCACGAGCUGGGCCAUGCUGUUGGCUUCUUUCACGAGCACAGUCGACCGGACAGAAAUAAAUAUGUUCGUGUCCUCAGAAAGAACAUCCUUCCUGGCUACGAAAGAAACUUCUUCAGAUUUGGAAAGAAGUGGAUUGACUCAAAGGACGUGCCAUAUGAUUACGGGUCAAUCAUGCACUACAACAGAGCAUUUUUUUCCCGUUUUCCUGUUAUGCUUGAUACACUGAUUCCUUUGCGGAGGGUUGAUAUUGGUCAGCGAAAGGCGCUUAGUAGAUUUGAUAUCCUACAAGCUAACUUACUCUACCAAUGCGAUGGAAGGAAAAAGUUAACCGACGAAGAGAUCGAGCAGCUCAAGGAAGAAAGUAAUGACCAAGGCAGCGAUUCGGAAGUCACCUGCGCGGACGUUUACGACAGCGAUUCGUGCUCCAUGAUAAAGACCCGAGGUUACUGUCAGAAAUUUCCGACAAGCAUGAGAACAACGUGCGGGAUCACGUGCAACUUGUGCGGAAUGAAUGCCAAAAAGAAGGAGAUUGUACACAGAAAUCACGACGACACCUCGUUAAAAAGAGCGAACUGAACGCAGUUUUCUAAUCCUUUUUUUCUGUUGUUGCUUGCUUUGAUAUCAUCUGGCUUCUUUCUGCCAAAUCUCGGUUCAUAACAAUUAGAAAGAUUCUGUAUUCGUGGUUUUAUAACUGGACUUACUUUAAGAAAACGUCUUGUAGCGAUAAUUAAUCAAGUUAGUAUUGCUCUUAGCAUCAGUUCAUCAGUCUGUUAAUUCAUUUUACACACGUCCAACGCGUUAUGAUUUACUGCUUUACGUUGAAUUUGUAAAUGGAUGUGGUAAUUAAACAGACCUGACUAAAUUUUAGACCAUAAUUCGAAACAAUUGAUCUUCUCUCUAAAAAUUGAUAAAAGUUGAAAAUGUACUUAGGAAAUUUCGCUCUAAAAAGAUUGUUGUGCAGGCAUCACAACCCCUUCAUAUAUAUGUGUGUUCCCCAGCGAUACAGUCAUGGCUUUGAGUAACUGCCUGAAUGAAAAAGACUUUACGAAGUAACUUAACCGUACGAGAUGUAACUUGCAAUAAAGUAAUAGAAUAAAUGUGUACUGCGAUGCUUACCUAUAGAUCUUUUGUGAAAUACGUGACACCGAAUUCUACUGAUCAUACUGACUUGAAAAUACAGUUUUCACUUACAGUC